AUGGAAGUGUUUGAAGUGCUUUUUUUUAUCAAUCAAAUUUUGCAUAUUUCAAAGAACAUAGAAAAAGAUGUUUCGACGAAAAAAGAUCGAAAUGUAUUAGCAACCAAAGAAAAUUUUAAUAAAUUGCCGAUGGAUAGCUCAGAAACCAUUUCUGCUACUCCACCUCCUAUAAAUGCAUCAUUUCAAGUAUCAUCCAUAGCGGAUGAUGCAUUCGAAAAUGAUUAUCCAAUAGUCGAUGAAAGGGAGUUUCGUCGAGCUCUUGAUCGGUGUUAUACGCAGUCGCAAAAUGGGAAUGUAUGUAAAUUAAAUUUUAGUAAAAUACCUGCACGUACUGCGUUCGAGAAUUUGUUAGAAGAAAUGGGAAUUGAAAUCUGCACAAGUGGUGGUGAUGAGAUAUCAAUAUAUCUAGCAAAUAGUUUUCAUGAUCUGGUAAUGAAAUUGGAUGUAUACUGCGAAGAAGAUAAUAAAAGAACGAAUUUCUUCAAUCUUUUCGAGAAUGAAAUUGUUGAACAAUCUAAACUUAGAAUAUAUUUAUCACCUUCCGCUACCGAAGAGGGAUAUGUGGAUACAUUUAUGCGAGCCCUGUUACUGUCAAAUUCAUCACAAGCCGUUACAUUCGAUUUAAUGCUUAGAAAGAUUGAGGCUUAUGCAAAAAGCGUUACUGAUGAUUUCAUGGAGAAUGACCGCCUUGCACUUGCCUGUAUUGCACAGUUUCGUUAUUUGGAUAGUAUAUAUGACUGUGAACGGAUUUUUAAUUCAGUUUUUGAUUGUGAUUUGGAGAGUUGGCGUUGUGCACCACGUGAUGCUUUGAUACAAGUUCUACCGGAAAUUCUACCUAGUCACAUUGUUCAGCAAGAUACUGCAAAUAAUUUGCAACAAAUGUUCCUGAGGAGAGUCAGUGACAAUUUACUAGCCUUCCGAGUCACUAUCCUUCAGACACUCCUUUUACUUCGUACUGAUGAACAAACAACAAAUAGAAUUCGUGGAAUCAUGUUGCAAAACCUAAUGAAAUUGAACCUGGAAAUUUUGCCGGAAUUGGUAGCAUAUUGCUUGGACAGUAUUCAAAAAAAUGAAAAAUUUGCCUUCCGAAACAUCCUCUGCAGUCUUCGAGUACAUCUGCAGAUAGAAAAUUUAAAAAGUACAGAAACAGGAACAGGUAAGAAAACGGUUGGCCAAGUAAUAACCGAAAUCUUCGAAAUAAUUUUAAAGAAAAUGAAGAGCAGUGAUGGACGUUAUUGGAAGGACACAGUGGUUAUGUUAACCACCGAAAAACAAGAGCAAAAUGAUGAGAAAGAUGAAAGAGGUGAUAUUGACGAAUCUAUGGAAGAUCUUGUUCCAAUUGCAAAAAAGGUGCCGGUUCUUUUUGAUGUUUUAUUUUAUUUUGCUUUGAUGGAUGUGAGUAAUUGGAGCCAUACAAUCCAUAAUAUCUUCAAACAACAAAUUUUAUGCAAUCAACAUUUCCAGUUGGAACAACUUGUUAUAUUAGCUUUUGAAUAUACGGAGAUUUUCGAUCACAUUAUUCAACAUUUAAGUGGAACGGAAGAAGAAAUCACUACAACGCUUUCAAUGUUGCAGAAUAUCGCGGAAAAUCAUGCUGGAGAAAUGGCCAAGUUCUCUCUUGUCCUUAGUAAAAAAAUACCAUGUUUGAUUAAUUUUUCUUUCGAUAAUGUAUGUCGAUUUUUUAAUAUAUUGCUUUUGAUGGAACGAACUGCCGAACAGUCACAAAUUACUGAAAAACACAAGGGAUUGGAAUUCGAAAUUGAGCAGAUGAUAUCUUCUUCUUUGGUUAGGGAAAAAGUAUGGGGAAUUCUUGGUAUCUUAAUGCAGUUGCAACAAUAUCUUAUGAAUAAGAGAUUAAACAUCGAAGAUCGUGAAAGCAUGCUGAAACAAAAAUUAACAUUGCUGGAUGAACGAACAAAACAUAAUAGUUAUUUGCGCACUUGUUUCUAUCAUCAUUUUGCAAGGAUCCUGAAUACCAGUACCUCAAUUGGACACAGCACUGUUUUGGUUGUCUGGGCUGAAAGACUAUGUUUAGAAUUCAGGCGAGAUUAUCUAAAGCAACUUGAACGAAAUUCUACGCAGUGCCGCUUGGAAGAUGAACGCUAUACUAAUUCACUACAUAAAGAAUGGUUUUGUCUAAGCGAAUUGGUGAAACAUUCCUCGAAAAUGCCCGAUUCAGAAAGUCGAGUUUUUGAACCAGUUGCUCACUUUCAACUUCUUUCAGCGCUUACAAGCCUGAAAUAUUUAUGGUCCAAUAAACAACAUAGUGAUGGUUUUCUUGUGGAACUUCGCUUUAUAUUAGAAGCGAAUAUUUCAAUGAUUGAGAUUGAUCUGGAAACGAAAGACAAGCAGAACAGAAUUACAAAUUGUGAUAUUUUUUUUUUCUGCAUUCAGUGGAUCCGUUUGAUGUUAAAUACAUUUGCUAAAAGUGAUAACAAGAUAUUAGAAGAUAUAGAAUAUAUCAAUGCCAUAUUACGCAAAAGAUUUGCAUUAAUGAUGGAGUGUCAGAAGAGUCUGAAAUACACUAUUCAAAAAAUCGGAGAGUAUAAGAUGCCAUGUAUGCUGAAUUUUGAACAAAUUGAAUUAAUAGUGUUUUACGAUACUCCUAAAAAGCCAUCGUCUAUUAAAAGUCGAAAAAAUGCAGUCAGUGAUGAUGGAAAAAGGGAUGAUGAAGAUGACAAUGGGGCGAAAUAUAUGGAUGACGAAGAAAGCAAGCUAAAUGAACUAGUGGACAAAGAAAACGGAGAUUUACCAAGAAAUACUACUCAAACAAAAAUUAACGAAGGGAAAACUAUUGAGAUUGAGCAACUUAAACGGAGAAUAACUAAAAGUAUGGGUCAACAAAGGCUGGUUGCUGAAUCACAGUUGUUGUCUUUUCUCAUGCCACUUAGUUUUGCUUCUAUCAUUCACUUAAUUGAAUUGUUGCCAAAGAAGAGGAAACAAACAACGUUUUUACUAGAAACUUUAGGCAGAUUAUUGGAAGAAAUUUUACCCAAAAAAAGCAAGAAAAUACCACUCUUAUUGGUAUCCCGAAAAACUGCUACAAAAGAGUUUUUGGAGAAUUACAAUCCAAAGAUUAUUUGGCAUUCAAUUCAAUCCGUUAUUCCAACCUUAUUUGCUAUUUUAAACGGUGCAGUGGACUAUUUUAAAAACAUCAUGAAUACAUCCUCCGUCUUCGAUGCUACCAAACGCACCUAUUACAUUGACAUGAGCGCUCUCAUGCAUUCAUCACUAGUCCUUUUUAUAAUAUAUUUUCAUCUGUGGAUUUUAUGA